UCAGUUUCUGUACGCCAUCUUUCGGUAACAUAGCCUCCUCUUGCGGCAAUGUUCGUGUAAUAAAUCUGACGUUUAAAUAAUAAUUUUUAUUCUGAACAUAAUUGUUCUUGAAUUUCACAUAUACAAUGUCGUAUAAUUUUAAAGAAAUGUGUUGGAAAGAUGUUCGUGACCAAUUUCGGAAGUGGCGUGAGGACAAUGAGCGUCGGAGUGAUGAAGUAAUACAACUAUGGGAAGCACUAUUGGAAAAUCAUGUGCAAAAAACUGGCAAUGAGAGGCAUCUUAUAUUGGAGCAAGUACUAAUUGCAGGAUUCGACACUUCUCGGUUAGAUAUUGCUGGGAAAUGCAUUGAAACAUUAAGCAUAGAAUUUCCUGAAAGUAUGAGGGUUAUGAAGUUUGAGGCUAUGCGCUUAGAAGCUUUGCAGAUGUAUGAAGAGGCAACUGAUUUGUUAGAUGAAAUUAUUUCGAAAGAUGAAACAAACGCUGCUCCCCGUAAGCGCAAAAUAGCUAUUUUAAAAGCAAGGGGAAUGAGAUCAGAAGCAAUUAAAGAUUUAAGUGAAUAUUUGAAAACGUUUAUGUCUGAUCAGGAAGCUUGGCAUGAGUUAUGUGGACUAUAUUUGGCAGAAGGGGACUACUCCAAAGCGGUUUUCUGUAUGGAAGAACUUUUACUACAUAAUCCACACAGUCAUCUAAUUCAUCAGCGAAUUGCAGAAAUCCGUUAUACAAUGGGUGGAAUGGAGAAUGUGGAAAUCGCUCGAAUAUACUAUUCCCAAGCCUUGAAAUUGAAUCCAAAUAAUUUGCGUGCAUUAUAUGGUUUAUAUUUGGUAUGUAUAUGCUUGCUAUGUUUUUCAGUGUUGCAGUUACAUUACCAAUUCUCGCGCCUUGGGGUCGAAGCGCAAAGAGGCCCAAAAAAUGGCGCAAUGGGCGUUGGAGACUGCAGGCGUGCGAACAAUUUCGUCAUCGAAAAUUCCUAGCAACGAUAAAUUAGUUUCAAGUCUAGAAUGUGCAUUGGGUAGCUUAGAUAUAAAAUCUAAUUGACAUUAUCCUAAACCAUUGUUGUAAAAUGUAUAAUAGAUUAUAUUAAUGGUCAUCCUAUUUGAUUUCUCUUCUAAUACUAUAAAAAAAAUAAGUUAAAAUUUUGGUGCGUUCACUAUGCUUAAAGAUAACACAUAAUCAUAACCAAUUUAUGUAUUUGGUGAUUAACGUUCUGAGACUGGGUUCACGGUCUAUUAUUAAAAUUUAAUUCUAUACUCCCCCAA